AUGGGGAGGAUCAAGAAGACCGCUACCGAGCGUCAUGAGGCGACUAUCACUUUGGUCGAGCUACCUCUGCACAAGGUGCCCGAGCACAUCGCCUCAUUCCCACACAACUGGCCGUUUCCUAGAGGCGACUUGUACCACUGGAUCGCCCCGUUAAAUCGAUUCGACCGCAUUCUUGAGGGUUUCACUACCCUGUAUGCUUUGGACAAGGGCCCACAGACACAGCCAUUCGAGCUACGGCUACUGCAGAAGGGCGACGCUGAAGAUGGUUCAGUGACCGAGGUGUCGGUGCAAGAGCUUGAGGCAUGCGGAUAUUCAGCAGAUGGAGAUCGCGAGCUCGUAGAGAGCGUCCUCAACUUUACUCGUGUCCUGCUUGAACGUUGUGGCAAUCGCAGUCUGUAUGCUAGCAGCGCACAUCUCAACCACCUACUCAACACUGUCUCCCUCAGCCUGCUCAAGAUCACUCUCCGUGUUAGUUUGCGCCUGGCCCAAAGAUACCACACAUCGCGAAUGCGCGUUGUAUCGCCACACUCACUCAACGCUCUGCUGGCUGGCCACUACAGCAUCAACCUAGACCGCAUCCAGAAACUCGCCAACCCUUUUCCCAAGAAGCCCGUGGCUACACCUAUUUUCGGUCAAACUCCAUCCAAGAACAAGGAGAAGGAGGAUGCUAUCAAACCUGGAGUCAAUACUGCCGAUAUUGAAUCUCUAGUCAAGGCUAAGGAUGUUCCACUGUCAUACAAGGAAGAGCUCUCCAGCGUGCACUUGACCUAUUACGACAAGACUGAUGCAUCUGCACCUGCAUCAUCUGUCGAGGCUCGAGCCCCUAACACGCCUGGUUCCCCCAUGCCCCCAGUCACACCUACCCCUGUCCGCCGUACUUCGAAUCUAGGUCCCGGCUCAGCACGCAGUGAACGUAUGGCCACCAACACAGAUGCGCCCGAAACUCCAGUGCGUCCCCAACAACCAGAGCACGCUUCAAGUGGGCCCAAGAUCUUCGAGCUUUCUUCUGCUCAAGUUUCCGGUGCCGAGGCUUGGAAGAUCAUGGAAGAGAACGUCACAAAGGUACCUGAGAACAACCAGUUCGAUCUGCUUCAAAGAGUUCGUGUGGCAUCCGCGUUCCAGACAUCUAAGGAGGCUGUUCAUGAUCUGGUUGCCAUCAGGAUUCUGGCCAUCUCCAACCUGUCCUAUGUCUAUGGCGAGACAACCUUCCAUCAACGCAUCGGUCAGCCGGAUUCUGAGGAGCCCCGUCGAACUCAACUGGCUCAGCAACUCACAGAUAUGCUUCAACCUCCUAGCUCUGGUCAAGAAGAGGUUUCUCGCGAGAUGAUGGUGAUUGUUAUUCAAGCCCUCGAGGCUCUGGCCAAGUGCAAAUCCAAGACUUCUGAGAUUGCUAAUGCUCUCAAUAUCACUGUCAGCCAUGGCGUCCUCUUCUACGUGCUCAGGAAGAUUCUUGCUACUCUUGGUGAUGAAGAAGCCUCUGGCCAAGACCAUGAAUGGUGCAAGGAUGUCUUUGAUUUGGUCAUGACUCUUACACCAGCAGCACCUCACCCACAACGAAAUGCGGAUGUCCUUGUGGCUGCUGGCUUUGUGGUCAGAGAUGCAUUCCAGGCCAUUGUUAACGCCAAAGGCUUGGACAUCCUCGCUGAUCUUACUGCUUUCGAAGUCCAACGUUCGCUUGAGGCUGCUCAAAAGCAAGAAGGUUUACCUACCGAGUACAAGACCAAAAUUACCGACUUCCAGAUCCCCUUCAACUCACAGCAGACUCUGCGCCAGCUUCUCAAGUUCGUUGCUCACAUGUACCAUCACAAUGUUGGCACGGAUGAUCGCCUGCUACGUAAUUUCGUGGACUCGCCUCAACUUCUUGGUGCGCUUCGCGUCAUCUUCGACAACGCGCCUAUUUUUGGUUCGAAUGUAUGGAGCGGAGCUAUGAACAUCCUUAGCAGCUUCAUUCAUAACGAGCCCACCAGUUAUCAGGUCAUUGCCGAGGCAGGAUUGAGCAAGGGUUUCCUCGAAGCUGUUACUCAGCAAUCAAUUACUGUCUCUGAUGUGAUCGUUGAGAAUGCUGAGAACGAAGAUACGGAGAUUUCUGAGGACAAGCCUGACGAAGAAACGGCACAGAAGCCCACCGCGCCGCAAGUCUCUACCAAGAAAGCCCCUUCUGGGGAGACAUCUAAGGCAUCAGGUAUCUUGCCUGUUGGAGAGACCAUGCGUGAAAUCCCCACAGCAUUUGGUGCUAUCUGUCUCAAUGAGAACGGCAUGCGUAUGUUCCAAGCAUCUCAGGCGUUGGAGAAGUUCCUCGAGAUCUUUGAGAGCCCGGAGCACGUCAAAGCUAUGGAAGAGGACGCUGAAGUACCUCAAUACAUCGGUACCGCCUUUGACGAGCUCGUUCGCCAUCAUCCUCAACUCAAGGAGAGAACUUCCAAUGCCGUCGUCGGCAUGGUUCGUAAUGUCAUGGCUAUCUGUCAACGUCGCGCCGAGACUAAGGGUGUCGGUGCCAAACUCUGGCUGCCAGGCGACAAGGACUUGCAAGUGGCAGGUGGACGUGGUGCUUUGCGCGGCAUGUCAGACACACAUUUGGAGAAUGCUUUUGAUGCCGAUGACACCAAUUUCUAUGGUCGCGCCGAAGAUACAUCGCCGAUCACAGAAUCUGAGCUUGAGAGCGAUACUCUUGUAAAGGGUCGUGGUGGUGGUCAGUCUAGCUCGGACUUCAUCGCCAUGGUUUGCAGAUUCCUUGGUGGCUUCUUGAGCAAUCACAGCAUGGCAACAGCUUUCUGUGAGUCAGCAGGUGCCGAGAUUUUGCUGGACAUGGCCACUGCUGCUUGCAAUCCGUAUAACUUCCACGAGACCUUGGCUCAGCAGGAGCUCAUCAGAGUGCUUCAACAAUUGGUUGAGCACAAAGCUCAUCUUAUCCUUCCGUCUCUUGCUCGACGCACACAACUAGCCUACUUCCAGCUCAGACCGCUAGCCGAUCAUCCACCUGGCAAGACCUACUUCAGCGAUCUCACCGAGCAGACAACAGAGUUAAGCUCUCAGAACAACCUUGCAGUUUCAAACGCAACAUACACCGCCAAGGCAAUGGUUCAGGCUCAGUUCCUAUGCCACGUCUUCUCCCAGGUUUUCUCAAUGCAUGUCUAUCAUGCUGGCCGUACUGUGCCUCAUCACUUUUUCGGUCAGGUCAACCUUACGGACGCCUACACUGAUUUGAUUGACGAUCUGGGUCAAUUGUAUUCUUCAUGCGUCUGGGAGGCUAUCACGAUGCGCAACAACAUGCCCGAAGACUGGAAGAAGCAAAUUCAUAUUUCUGGCAUGAGUUUCGACCAUAGUGAGGCCGACAACGUCAUGGGCCUUUCUACCUCCAGCAACUCACAAUCCAGCAAUGCCGAAACUGCAGCAGUAUCACAAGGACAACAGGAUAGCGAGGCUAAGAAGAUUGAGGCACGUAACUCUGCACAGUUCAAGAACUGCCAGAUCCUUGCGUCGCUCUCCAACCAAGUAUCUACUGGCAUUCUUUCUUUCUUCCAGGCUAUAGGCAAAUCCCUGUUAUGGAAGCACUCUUCGCGCACCAUUCUGAGCGACUAUCAGAAGCAGAAUGCAAGCAAGAUGGCCGAGCACCUGGCACGGGCUUUGAUCAACCACAUCAAAACUCGCCAGCCGUCCACCGUGUCAGAAGUUGACCGUGUUGCAUACGACAUUGUUGUUCUCACCUCGACGCUGCAAACCUUGGUUGACGAGCGAAAGACCACUCGCACCGGCGGUACACAUCGUGAGGUCUUUUCUUUGGUGCUUCUUGCCUUCUACCAAAAGGGAGGUUUGAAGGAUCUCGGAACUCGUCUACAGCAAUUUGGCAAACUCAUUGAACAGCACAAGGAAGCUUCCCAGGACACUUCCACUUCCGACCAGAUCACAUCAUCCAAGCGCAUUCAUGCUCUGGCACUCGCUGGUAUUGACAAGAUUUUAGAGUUUUACAACAAGAUCAGUCACUCCAAGAACAUCACCGAUGCUCAGCAGACUAGCGUUAUGGCUGUUCGGGAUCGUCAGAAGAGCGACUUCUUCUUGGGUGCACAUGAGAUUUGGGAGUCAUCUGUCAUGGAGGCUUUGCCUGCGCAUAGCGUCAAGUCGAUCGUCGAUCUGUUAAAACUCAUACUUGAAGGUGAUGGAGAGACACAGGCUGUCAGACGUAGUGAGAACCUGAAGCGUCGUAUCGCUGCCGAGCCUCGCAAGUUUAAGAUUCGUACAGAGUCCAAAGACGUCCUCAUGGCGGAAGGUUUCGAAGAGGAAGGGCUGCUUGCCGAGGCGUUGUACCGCUGCAACAAUAACGUGACAGCGGCCAAGGAAUACUACGUAUUACGCAGAGACAAUCCGGACAGCCACAUACCAGUCUUCCCUGUUCCGACUGAAGAUGCUGAGCCACCCGUCCAGGAAGCCUCUGAUAACACUACGAAUCAGCCAGCUGCAUCUGGCAGUGUGCCCUCUGUAGAGAUGCAGGAUGCAGACGAAGCCGGAUCAAGCACGCAAGACACUGAUGGCGAUCGAUCAGAAGCCGAUCUACUCUUGGGCAACGGUAACCGCCGUCUGAUGUUACCUCCAGACAUGCUCAACACUGGCCUUGCAGAAGUCCUUUCGAACGCUCUUGGUGGUGGAGAAGAACUGAUGCGUGCUCUUCCAGUUCACAGGCGGCCUUCGGAUGAGGCUCAAAGACCGGCUGAUGUUGUGACAGAAGAGAGCUUCGUUACCAUUGAUGACCUCGACGACAAGCGUAAGGACAUCAGAGAGGGACUGAUCGAUCGAUGCCUCGAUGUUCUCAACACUCAUACGAAUGUCACUUUCGAGCUUGCGGACCUUGUCACAGCUGCUAUUUCCAAGACUGGCCAAGAUCAGUCAUCGAAGGUAGAUAUUGGCGAGACUUUGGUUAACUCCCUCAUGUCUCUCACACCCGAGGAGGGCACUUCUAUUGAGGGCAAGAAGAUUGCAUCAUAUGCUCAUCUACUCGCACUGGUCAUCCAAGACCGCGACUUCUUCAGUGCAUGUCUUGAUACCUUGACGGACAACUUUGAGCAAUUUGGCGGCUUCAUCAAGAUGUUCCAAGGACAGAAGCCGGACGAGACGUCACCUUGGGUAAGCAACGUGCUUCUCAUCAUCGAACGCGUUCUAGCCGAAGACGAGAAACCUCAGCAGAUCCACUGGACAGCACCACCCUUCGAGGAGCCAUACAAGGAGCAAGACGUUGUCGAGCUCAAGCCUCCAGUUGUCUCUGAUGAGAAGAAGACCACAGUCUUUGACGCCCUUGUCGAGAUUCUACCUAAAAUUGGCAAGGAUGAGACCCUCGCACUCUCAGUCACCCGCACGCUGGUGAUUUUGACACGCCGCCGUGCUCUUGCGAAGAAGCUCGGCGAGAAGCUGUCAAUUUCCAGACUCUUCGUUAUGAUGAAGCAACUUGCUGGCUUUGCGGGUGAACGUCUUCAAAGCACCUUCCUCAUCUUGCUCCGUCACAUCAUCGAAGAUGACGAAACCAUUCGUCAGAUUAUGCGUACUGAGAUCCAGUCUACAUUCGAGAGCAAAGGCAUGGCCAGAAGCUAUGACACGACGCUCUACACUAGGACUUUGUACCACCUCGCACUGCGCAGUCCCGAGAUUUUCGUCGAAGUCACAAACGAGAAAGUGCAGCUCUCGAGAUGGGAUCAAAGCCGUCCUAAUGGUGCACAGCCCCUCAUGCUGAAGAAGGUGGAUAAGUCUAUCGAUACCAAGAAGACAGAAGAGCCUUCCGAGAGCGAGCCUAGCGCUACUAUUGAGCGACCUACCAUCGAGCGCACCAAAACCAGUGACCUCAAGCCUCCGUCAAUCGAAAACCCUGAUGGCGUCAUUCAGUUCUUGCUUAAAGAACUCUCUUCGUACAAGGAUGUCGAAGACAAGGAAGUGCAGCCUCCUAAGCCUGCUUCUUCUGAGGCUCCUGCUGCUGCUACCCCUUCGGAUGUCGAGAUGUCUGACUCGACUCCUACACCAGUGGCUGACCCCGCGCCCGCUCCAUCUGCAGACUCGGAGGCUAAGCAGUCUGACAACAAGCCGGUAUUCAAGGCUGAUCAGCAUCCUAUCUUUGCCUAUCGCUGCUUCAUUCUGCACUGCUUAGUAGAACUCCUUGGAUCCUACAACAGAACCAAGGUUGAGUUCAUCAAUUUCUCACGCAAGGCCGAGUAUCAAGCAUCCACACCUUCCAAGCCUCGUUCCGGCUUGUUGAACUACUUCCUCACUAGCUUGAUUCCGCUUGCAUCUUUGGCGCAUCCUGAAGAUACUCCAUCGAAGAAGCAGGCUGCGACUGCUAAUUGGGCCAUUAACACAAUCGUGUCGCUCUGCUCAAAGACUAACGAGCGUGUUAUUGGCUUGAAAAUCUCUGCCAGUGAGGAAGAGUCUGACCUUGCCUACGUUCGUAAAUUCGUUCUGGAACAUGCUCUCAGAGCAUACAAGGAUGCGAUGGCAUCUUCCGAACCAUUAGACCAGAAGUAUGCACGUCUGCUCAGCCUGAGCAACCUCUUCUACCGCAUGUUGACUGGUAAACAACAAUCUGGCAUCAACCACUCGUUGCUCGAGAUGGUGACUGUCUCCCAAAAGCAACUUGGUCGUUUCAUGUACGAGAAGAACUUCAUCACAGCUUUGACGUCUUCCAUUGCUGAACUCGACUUAAACUUCCCUGGAGCCAAGCGAGCAGUUAAGUACAUUCUGCGACCACUCAAGUUGUUGACCGACAUUGGCGUCACUUUGAGUAUCUCUGGAGACGUCUCUGCACCUGGAACUACCGAAGAUGACGAGAUCUCGUCCGCCACCUCCAUAUCUGACGACGACAACGAGCGUGAAGAGACCCCAGACUUGUUCCGUAACUCUACCCUUGGUAUGUUCGAAGCUGCCAACAGUGACGACGACGAGGACGAGUCCGGCUCGGACGAGGCUGAAGAGUACUACGAGGGCGACGAGUACGGCGAGGAAAUGGACUACGAUGAAUACGAAGAAGGUGGUCCCGGCAUGCACGAAGGAGAUGUUGUCAGUGAUGAGGACGAUGAUAUCGAUGGCAUGGGACCUAUCGAAGGUCUUCCCGGCGACAUUGAUGUCGAGGUCGACAUGGACGAAGACGAGAGCGGUGACGAUGAUGACGACUCCGAUAUGGACGAAGCCGAUUCAGACGAAGGCGACGAUAUCGAAAUCAUCGACGAGAUCACUGGCGAUGACGAGAACGCCAGCAUGGAAGAAGAUGACGACGAUGAAGAUGAUGUCGACGAUGAUGAGGAAGAUUGGGACGACGACGAUGACGGUGACGAUCCUUACCAUGGCGCUCUCCCUAUGGACGCUCUUGUCCCUGCCCACGGCGGUCCAUUCGGUGGUGCCGUUGUCCUUGAGGAUGAUCGUUCAGAUGUCAUGGACCAGAUGGAAGGCGACGAUCCGGUCAUGACACUUGAUAUGGGCGGCCCCGAGCAAUACUUCGAGGACGAAAUGGCCGAAGACGAUGAAGACAACGAGGAAGAUGAAGAUGAAGAAGUCCUCGGCUACGAACCCGAACACGACGACCCUGAGAACGACGAAAUGGAAUGGGGAUGGGAAACUGCUGCUAUGCCUUCACACCAUGGAUGGCGCCGCCCUGGAGGUCCCUUCUACACUAUGGAAGAUCCACCCCUUGGACUCCCUCGCUCACAUCGUGGUGCUGCCAGUGGUGGCGAUCAAGACGGCACUAACCCUCUCCUCCAACGAUCAGACCGCAACUCAGCUAUGGGUGCUCCGCCUCGUCCAGGUGAUAUGCACGACUGGCUUCAUCAACACCGUCCUAGACUUGGCGGCCAGGAUGGACUCUCGUUCGUCAGUGAUCUUAUUCAGAUGGUUGGCCCUUCAGGAGCUAGAAUCAGUGUCGUUGACGGCUCUGGUGGUCUUGGUUUCCCGCCUGCGGCUCUGGCUGGUGGUAUGCCACCUGCUGUCUUCCACAUCGCUGGUGGUCCUGGUAGAUUUGGACUACCAGAUAUCCGCGCCCUUCAACGUAUCACCAGAGGUCUUACCGGUCGCGAAGCGCCUUCAAGCGGAAGAUCCUCUUCUACCGACCCCGUUGCAGCAGUCUCUUUUACACCUACGCUUACUACCCUUCGUUGGCAAGAAGAGGCUCGCUUGUUAUUCGGCCAUCAACAUCUCGAGAGGGCGAUGAAGCUUGUCGACUCCUUGUUGCCCGCCGAAGAGAAGGCUCGUGAAGAACAGCGCCAGAAGGAAGAGGAAGAACGCCGUGAGCGUGAAGCUCGUGAACAGCGCGAGAAGGAAGAGCGUGAAGCUAAGGAAGCCGAAGAGGCUGCAGCUCGUGCUCGUACCGAGAGCAUGGAAGGCGUUGAACAACCUGCCGGAGAAGAUGUCUCAGAAGCCGCACCUAGAGUCAUGACCAACAUCCGUGGCAGAGAGAUUGAUAUCACACACCUUGGCAUCGAUCUGGAAUAUCUGGACGCACUUCCCGAUGACAUGCGCGAGGAAGUCAUCAUGCAACAAUUCGCUGAGCAACGCUCUCAAGAGAGAACUCAAGAAACCACUACCGGGCAGCCUAGCAGAUCCAGCGAGAUCAACCGCGAGUUCCUUGAUGCGCUACCACCGGACAUCCAAGCCGAGCUGCUUGCCUCUGAAGCAGCUGACCGUCGCCGACGUGAACCUGGUGACAUGGAUAUGGCAGACUUCUUUGCGACCCUGAACCCGGCUCUUCGCCAGCAAGUUCUCUUGGAUGCUGACGAUGGCACACUUGCCGGCUUCCCCGCCGAGUUCCAAGCUGAAGCUCGCACACUCCUGGGCAACAUCAACCGUCAUCGUGGUGUUGGUCGUGAGAGACGCGAAGCCGAUCGCCCUCAGGAUGAUCAGGAAGCCCCAGAACCCGAGGAGCAGCGCGUUCGCAGACCCGUUAUUCAGAUGCUCGAUAAAUCCGGUGUGGCCACCCUCCUGAGAUUGAUGUUCGUCGCCAUGCAGGACAGCGCACGUACCACAAUGCAGGCAAUCUUGUCAGAUAUCUGCAAGAAUACCCAAAACCGCGCCGAAGUUAUCAGUGUCCUUCUUUCCAUUCUGCAGGAUGGCAGCUCUGAUGCCAAUGCUCUGGAGAAGAGCUUUGCACACCUCACCCUUCGUGCUAAGCAGAUGGCUGGACAGAAGACACCACAGCCUCUCAAGCGCAGUCUGACUAGCUCGCAGUUUGCAUCGCCUGGCACAGACCAAUGCCUUUCGACCUUGACUCAUCUGGCCAACGAGAACCCUCGUGUCAGUUCGUUCUUCCUUUCUGAGCAUGAGACCAGCAUCAGCCAGAGAGCCAAGUCACUGAAGAAGGGCAAGGGCAAAGAGAGCAAGGCUGCCAAGUACCCGCUCAACGCGCUGCUCACUCUCCUUGAUCGCAAGUCAAUUAUCGAGAAUUCAUCUGUCAUGGAAGCCUUGGCCUCUCUCCUUAUCCGCGUUACUGAGCCUUUGAAGAUUCUUCUCAGAAAGGCAAAGGAUGCCGAGAAGGAAAAGGAAAAGGCUGCUGAGACUACUGCCAGUGCAUCUACCGAUGUGCCCAUGAUUGAAGGUGAAGCUGCAACCGCCGCUGACGCUCCUGCUGAGGCCGACAAGCCGCAAGAGCCUGCCGCAAAGACAGAAGAGAAGAAGAAGCAUAGAGACCUUACCCCUCCUGAGGUUCCCGAAGAGAACCUCCGCUUGGUCGUCAACAUCAUUGCCGCACGUGAGUGUAACGCAAAGACCUUCCAGAGUACGUUGGACAUCAUAAACCAUCUUUCAGCAAUUCCUGGUGCCAAGGACACUUUCGGCAAGGAGCUGGUUCAUCGUGCUCAAGACUUGGGCGAUGCCGUUCUUGUUGAUCUUCAGCAGUUGGCUCCUCAGAUCCAGAAUGCUAAGACUAGCACUGACAUCCAAGGCAUCGCGUUGGCCAACUUCUCUCCUGCAAGCUCGCAUCAGAGUAAGCUAUUGCGUGUCCUGCUGGCGCUUGACUACCUCUUCGACCCUAAGCGUUCCGGAUCUCACGACAGACAAGCAUCCACAUCGACGGAAGCUCUGCCUUCAAAGGCCCGUCAAGAUCUACUUUCGACGCUCUACGAGACUUCGACAUUUGCUAAGCUCUGGUCCAACUUGAGUGAUUGCCUGACCGCUAUCCGUGAACGUGGCAGCAUGAACAACGUGGCUACCAUCCUUCAGCCGUUGAUUGAGUCGUUCAUGGUUGUCUGUAAAAACACUACUUCCAAGGAGGUCAACCUUGCUGCUUCGCAAGAGCUGCCAAUUGGUACUCCUCAGCCAGACUCGCGCAUUGAGAAGCUCUUCUUCUCCUUCACUGAGGAGCAUCGCAAGAUCCUCAAUGAUCUUGUCCGCAACAACCCUAAACUCCUCAACGGUACAUUCGACGUUUUGGCCAAGAACUCCAAGGUUCUCGAGUUUGACAACAAGCGCAACUACUUCACCCGUAGAAUGCACACUCGCAGUUCUGAGGAUCGCAUUGCUCAUCCUUCGGUUCAACUCAACAUUCGUCGCGACCAGAUUUUCUUGGACUCUUUCAAGAACCUGUAUUUCAAGACUCCUAACGAGAUCAAAUAUGGUAAGCUCAACAUCCGCUUCCACGGCGAAGAGGGUGUCGAUGCUGGUGGUGUCACUAGGGAGUGGUUCGCAGCUCUCUCCAGACAGAUGUUCAACCCCGACUAUGCUCUCUUCAACCCUGUGGCUUCCGACAGAACCACUUUCCAUCCUAACCCCAUGAGCAAUAUCAACGAUGAACAUCUCACUUUCUUCAAGUUUGUUGGUCGCAUCAUCGGAAAGGCCAUGUACGAAGGCCGCGUCUUGGAUUGCCAUUUCAGCAGAGCCGUUUACAGACGUAUUCUUGGCAAGCCAGUUUCCCUCAAGGAUAUGGAGACUCUGGAUCUCGAUUAUUACAAGUCACUUUGCUGGAUCCUCGAGAACGACAUCACUGAUGUUACCUUUGAGACUUUCUCGGUUGAGGUUGACAGAUUCGGAGAGACUGAGGUUGUAGACCUGAUAGAGAACGGUCGUGACAUUCCCGUCACCGAGGAGAACAAGCAAGAAUACGUGCGUCUGGUUGUCGAGCAUCGUCUGAUCAAGUCAGUCGAGGAGCAGCUUGAGAAUUUCUUGAAGGGAUUCCAUGAAAUCAUCCCUGCUGAACUCGUUUCGAUUUUCAACGAACAAGAGCUCGAACUUCUUAUCUCUGGUCUUCCUGACAUUGACGUCGAUGACUGGAAGAACAACGCCGAAUACCACAACUACCAGCAAACCUCACCACAGAUCCAAUGGUUCUGGCGCGCUGUCCGCAGCUUCGACAAGGAAGAGAAGGCCAAGUUGUUGCAAUUCGUCACCGGUACCUCGAAGGUCCCACUCAACGGCUUCAAGGAGCUUGAGGGUAUGAACGGCUUUACCAAGUUCAACAUCCAUCGUGAUUAUGGCAGCAAGGACCGUUUGCCUAGCAGUCAUACUUGCUUCAAUCAGCUCGAUCUCCCUGAGUACGACACCUAUGAGCAGUUGAGACAACAGAUGUACACUGCUAUGACUCAAGGAAGCGAAUACUUCGGCUUUGCCUAA